AACAAUGAAAUUAUCGUAGGUUGAAAGAUUAAUCAUAAAGCUUUUAGUUUAUUGACCAACCAUACCUGAGGUUCACUGGAAGAGGAGACUUAACGGAGCUUACGUUUGCCGCAUCGAUUUUUAUAUCAGAAAUGCAAUCGAGUGUAGAUUUUCGCUUAGCUUUGUGAGAAUUAAAAGUGGAUUUAUAUCAACGACAAACUUUGGAAACUAUAACCAUUGUGGUAUUCAAAGUGAUAUUGUAAGCUGAUAAGUUUCAAUAUGACUACAAAGAGAAACCAGUAUAUUUGUCGUAAUCGGCCACAAAGAAAAUGGAAAUUCGUACUUUUGAACUUAUUUAUCGUUGCCGUUUUUGUCGCAAAAAAUGCUUCAUGCAACACCGUUUCCAUUGUCUCCGGAUUCGAAAAGAAAACUUUAGAAAAUGGCGCCAAUUUUACGCUUCGUUGCAAAGCUACAGGGCUGUACCACGUGACAAUAACAUGGCUUCUGGACGGUGUACCAUUGGAGUACCAGAGAACAAAAGCGGCCGAAAGUGUCCGAAUGCAAGCAGACAACCCCCAUCUGGGGGCAAAAGGAAAUGACGAUCGAGGAGCUGGGUUACAAGCACCUCGAUAUAUGAUUAAAAAUUCAAACGAACUUGCUGAUGACGUCAACGAGUCGAAUGACGUCACUGGCAAAGAUAUUAUAAAAACUGAUAUUGAAUAUUCAGCGGAAGAGCAUAAUGACUCAAGGCAACCCACCACUGUAAUAAAUGAAAGAACAAACACACCAAUAGAGAGUCCAUCACAACCUCAGGGAUUUAUGACCGGAGUUGCGCCUGUUGUUCUUUCGAAUCUUGAUGGUUCAGAAAACGGUGCAGUUACCAUAGCGAGUGAAUUAACAAUGAAUGGCGCAUCUGUACAAGAUGGAGGUGUAUAUUCUUGCGUUGCGCGUGACGUCACAAGAGAAUCCAUUAGUUGGAGUAGAAAAAUUGCAGUAAAAGGUCCACUCUCCGUUCGACAAAACCGACCAAUUUUUGCACUCAUAAAUUCAGUUGUUACAAUACCAUGCACAGUACUUGGGUCGGGAGAAGAUUUUCCAGUAAAGUGGUCAUAUCAAAAGUUUUCAAACGGAAAUGCUAAUGCCGAAUCCAAUCAAAUUUCUCUGCCUAACGACCACCGACAAACAGUUCAUCCGAACGGAAAUUUAGAAAUUCGUGAAGCAAGAAAAGCCAACGAAGGCAUUUAUACAUGCCAAGUCGACCUGAAUGGAAUAUUAUCUAACAUGUCGACACCAUUAAAGGUUAUGGUGCCACCCAAGAUCAAAUCAUUUGUUCUUCCUCAAGUACAAGUUGGAAAACCACUUGCUGAAUUUUGUGUCGUUUCUGAAGGAGAUUUUCCACUCGAUAUUGCUUGGUUUAAAAACGGAAUUCUACUUCGACCUACUGAAUACAUUGACAUGCAUCGAUCUGGUAAAAGGGCUCUAUCUCUCACCAUCAGUAGCGUCACGUUGGAUUCGGCUGGUAAUUAUUCGUGUUGCGCAGCAAACAACGUCAGCCGUACAUGCAUUGUCAGUCCGUUGGUGGUUCUUGAUCCGCCCAAAAUACGAGGUCUUUCUACUCAAGAAAGUGCAAUAUCAGGAAAUGACGUCACAAUUCCGUGUCACGCCACCGGAUUUCCGAAGCCAAAUGUCACCUGGAUGAGAGUCCUAGACGAUUCAACGAAUGAUUACCUCCAAAUUUCUUUUAUCAACGACAAUAACAAACCUAUAAAAGACAAUCCCGUCAAAAUCGGACAGACGAAAAACGGUACUCUGGUCAUCAGAAAUGUAUCAGACUUAGAAGCUGGAAAAUACUUAUGUCGGGCGGUCAAUCAAGUGGAUGAAUUAAGCCGUUUUGUGACGCUACAAGUGCAUAAUCCUGCUAGGAUUGUGGAUAUCACGGGAACACAGGACGUCGUAUAUGGAAGCGAUGUUACUAUAGAAUGUGCGUCAUGGGGAGACGAUAUCGUACAAUUGAAGUGGUUGAAAUCAAACAAAGAACUCCCAUCGUCAGAUCGAUACGUGAAAACGAGAGCUGUUGAUUAUAGAAAGCUGGAUGCAAGACAUUCUAUCACACUUCAUAAAUUAAAAAUCAAAAAUUCAAUUCGUGGCGAUACUGGGACUUACUCGUGUAAAGUAAUGAACAAAUAUGGAGCAUCUACACGUCACCUUGACAUCCUCGUAAGAUCUCCGCCUAUGAUUCCUAGUAAAUUUGAGUUGAUUGACAAAGGAACGUCUUUCUUGCGAAUGGUUGUGUUGCCAGGGGAAGAUGACGGAGGUAGUGAAUUGCUGUCGUAUGUUCUAACCGCUACUAAAGUAUAUGAAGAAACGUCACCGGAGCCACCAGAAUUUGGGCAAGAAUUCCGUCAACGACACCAUAAAGAGUCGCAAAUCCAACCUUGGACAUUAAAAUACCCCGUUUCAGCGACAUCCCCGAAUCAAGAGAUUGUUCUUGAUCAGUUGGAAUGUGGCACCGAAUACGAAAUGUUUAUAAAAAGCGAGAACCAAAUCGGAGAAAGUUUUCAGCAAGUUAAUUUAACCGAGAAGACCAUAGGCUCAGUUCCUGUUAUACCGGUCGUAAACGAGAUCGUUGUAGAUGUCAACCAAAGUGCGGUGGUGUUAGACCUGAGGGCGUGGCAAAAUGGAGGUUGUCCAAUCACAGAGCUUACAAUAGAAUAUGCCAGACAUGGUGAUACAGAAUGGAAUAUCACUGUUGUUGAUAGCGCCAUAUUGGAAAACGUUUUGUCUUCUUCUCACACUGACGACGGAGGAAAAAUUUCUCCCAAUCCUGGUCACGUGAUCAUUUCAAAUCUUCAGGUUGGCACUUGGUACAAAGUAUGGACUUCUGCUUGUAAUAAUGCUGGCUGUAAUUACGUAACACAUUCUGUUGCAACUUUACGAUCUGAUGGAGCCACUGUUCCACCUUUGAAAGUUGAAAUAGACAAAAAGGAAGCUGCUACUGACGAUGCCAGAUUUCUUGUACCGAUGGUAUGUGGUUUCGGACUUGUUUUCUUACUCGCGCUAAUACUAUUGUUCUAUCGACAUAAGCAAAGAUCGAAAAAACAACUGCGAAUGAAAGAAGCGCGAAAAAUGGCGCGCACCCUUUUGUAUAAGACCGAUGACAAGCCAUCUUAUGCUCCAAGAUCAAAUCCAUCCAAUCAACAACGUUUUUCCUCCAAUACUGAGAAUGAUGACGUCAUAAGUGGAGUGGAAGUCGUGGAAGAUGUACUUUUGAUUAGAACUUCGACGAGUAGCGAAAGUGACAAUGAAUCUGGAUUAAGGAUAACCUCGAUUGGUAUGGAAGUAAGUAGCAUCACUGAACCGUAUGCAGAUGACAAUAUUCAACAACAAGAACUCACUUAUCGACCUUUGAAUACCUUGGCGAAUCAUGGCGGGGAAAGAAUUGCUUUAUCGUCGUCACAUUCGGAAAAGAAUGCCGGUCCUAAAAACAGUUCAAGUGGCGAAAGUAAGAAAUCGGAAGGAAAAAAAUCAUUGAAAGACAAUGUAGAGUUGGCUGUAUUUCGUGAUCCUAUUUCUUCAGACGACGAAGAUCAUGAAUCUACUCUACCACUCGUGUGCGACGAGAGCGCUUUCGGUGACUCUGGUACUUGGUCAUAUUUUCAACCCGGUUCGAAGGCCAGAAGACCAAAGAAGAAAUACAAUCCGAUUCCUACUAAAGAGACUCAACCUAAACCUAUUCCAAGACGGUGUUCGUCUACUUCAUCUGGAACCGACGAAGAACUCGCCCAAGUUUUCGGUCUCACAUCAUCAAAACGAAAAUUCAAACCAGUAUCAGUUGAAAACGUAGAACAACCACGGAACAUACCAGAAUCCGCAAAUUCGGACAUAAACGAUAAUUACAAACCUAUUACAAAAGAUAAUUAUCUUCCAAAUAAACAAAAUAUUGGCCCCGUGAUGGCACAAAAUGGCCCGCAACUGAGCACCCGAAGAACAGAUCACUAUUAUGCAGUUGGAAAUAGUCAAGAUCGCUCUCAUUCAGCAAGUAUGCUGCAGCAACGCGGUUCAAGACCACACAAAGCUCUUCCACAAGAUUCGAUGCACACUGACAACAGGAGACCUCACAUUCCAAUGCAAGUUCAAAAUCGACCUGUCGUGCCGAAUUUAAACCCUUUUAAAACCAUGUUUAAACCUACCGGUCAGUUACCGGUUCCUAUAAAUUUACAUCGACCGUCGCCUGGACAUUAUAGAGGUCAUACAUUCUCAAAUGACCAGAUGUCUCAUCAUUUGGGUCAAAAUACAGCACCAUACAAAGAUAAUUUAAAUAAUAGAAUCGCACCAUAUGGUACAAAUACCUUAAAUUCGUCUCCUUAUGGAGAGAGGCAGUGGGUGAACUCGUAUGACUCACAAUACGGUACCGCCAAAAGUAAACGCCCAUCUUGGGGCUCCACUGAACUCGAUAAAGAAUGUUUUUACACUCCUCCGUCGAGCAACGUUUCAUCGUCCAAAUGCGACCCCCAUAUUAUCCCACCACCCAAGUACCAACGACCCCUUGAUAUUGCCACAAACCCCUCUACCAGAAAAUUGGAGUCAAACAGCCCUCGUGAUUCUGGAAUAGGAAGCGACGAAGCCCCAAGUUCGCGCAAUACGACUUCGUCCGUGUCUCCGCCCCAGAUGAAAGGACGAAACGAGCAAGAAAAAUCAUUGGAAAGUUUGGACGAAGUUAUCUCCCAAAAAGGAAAUCGUUCAAGUUCAUGUAGCAGUUCGGGUGCCGGUGCUAUUUAUUCAAUGACGCCUCCGCCGACUCCACCAGCUUCUGAAGCUAAACUGACGCCGCAUAUUUUUGUUGAUAUUUCAUCAAAAUGCAACACCACACCAACACGUACAUCUCGACAAUCAUAUCCACCCAGCAUACAAGUUCCUAAUGCUAGUUAUCGCCAUCAUCUAACGCCUCCCACAAAACUGGGUGAAUACUUACCCACACCCCCACCUUCCGGACCCACGUCACCAACAGAUAAACUCUCUAUUCCACGCCCCCGAAAAUCUGGAGGAUGGGGUGUUGCCAAUUUGGACGGACUCGGAAAAUAUCAAAAUAAAAGCGACUCCCAUCUAGCGGAAAAUGAAAUUACUGAGAAACGCUCACGAGCAAAAAUACCUGAUCGUAAUUCAUCCGAUACUACAUAUCGAAUGAACAAUGAUGAUAAUACCUGGCAAGCAUCGACUUUAGUUUGAACUAUGAACCAGGAAGUUGACCGGGAAGGUCAAUAUUAGUAUAUGUAUCUAUGACUUGGGUAGUUUAAAGUACAUUGCUAUCUACACACUGCUACCUACAAUUUAACGGAUUGUAAUAAAAAUGGUACUUGCAGGCAAGGCCUUACUUGCGUCAUAAAUUUUCAAUCCGUAAGCGUAUAUUGAAAAAAUAGUAUGAACUAAAAAUGUCAAGUCUGAAAUAUUAUUAACAACUAACUUAUUGAAUUCAAGACAAAAAUUUGAGAAAAACUGUUUUCACAACCUUAUACGCAGGCAGGCGUUCAGGUAUAUAUACACAGUGCUGUAUAAGCAGAAAAUAUCAAAUAUAUAUGUGAAAAAUGAUGAUUUUUCAUUUUCGAAUAAGAAGCGUUAAGGUAUGCGAUAGGCUGGUAAUACUCUUUUAAGAAGUAUGUUGCCUCUAUAUUUACGUUUGUACACACUUUUUGAUCCGCUGACGAAUAUCCUUUUGAGACCUAUGCCUGUACGAUAUAUAUAUUCAAUGUGCAUGUAUUUGAAUAGGGCCUAUGUGAAAAUUUAAAAAAUCGAAACGUGUUUUUGUGUUUAUUUGUCAUUUUUCAUUGUUUUUGCAAUAUUUUAUUUAUACUUUUCAUUGAUAUAAAACUUCUUUAAAAAUCAUGAUUUGUCUUACAUUUUCCGUUUUUGUUCUAACUUUUAUCCUUCAUUACUUUUCCUGUCAUAAUCUCCCUUUUUUCAUUUUUGAGUAUCUGACAAUAAAUUUCGUGGAAAAAG